CUUGGCUUUCAGUUCAUCGUCAUUCUUCAGCUGUCAAUCUAAUCUUCAAGUUCCCUACCUCCAACCUAUCCAACCUUAGGUACCUGUAAUUAGACUAUUAUGCGCCAGCAAGUUUGAGCUCGUGCUUCCGCUUCUAGCUUUGCUACCUAAAGCAAAAUGGCCGCCAUGUUAGAGUUCCGCACGCCUGGCUGGAAUCCUUACGCCGUCAAAUAUUCGCCGUACUACGAUUCGCGCAUCGCCGUCGCAUCCGCUGCGAAUUACGGCAUUGUAGGCAAUGGCCGCCUGUUCUGCUUGGGGCUGGGGCCGCAGGGCGUCCAGAUCGAGAAGACCUUCGAUACGAACGACGCCCAGUAUGACCUUGCCUGGUCGGAGAUCAACGAGAACCAGUUAUUGGUCGCGUGUGGUGAUGGAUCCAUUAAGCUCUACGAUAUGAAUGUUAACGAAUUCCCCGUAAUGAACUUCCACGAGCAUAAGAGGGAGACCUUCUCGGUGUCGUGGAGCCCUGUCACAAAAGAUACAUUUGCUUCUAGUUCGUGGGAUGGGACGGUAAAGAUCUGGUCGCCGGCUAGGAAAGAAUCCAUCAAUACUCUACCCAUCGGAAAUUGUACAUAUAGUACAUCGUACUGCCCAUCCAAUCCAAAUAUCAUCUCCGCGGUAUCGACAGAUUCGCACUUGCGCAUAUUCGACCUCCGAACACCAGUCAGCGCCCAAUAUCACUUAACAACCAAAAUCCCGGUCCACGUACCUCCUCCCGUCCCGCCCCUCCAAGGCCCAACUCCCCCGGCUGCGCCAGGGGAAAUCCUCACCCACGAUUGGAACAAAUACAACCACACGGUGAUCGCGACGGGCGGUGUGGAUAAGGUAAUACGGACGUUCGACAUUAGGAAUCCUUCAGCAGGGCCCGAAUCUAUAAUGCUCGGCCACGACUACGCUGUUAGGAGGCUGGCGUGGAGCCCGCAUGCCAGCGAUAUCUUGAUCAGCGCGAGUUACGACAUGACGGUGCGGUUAUGGACGGACGGGUCGUCGAUGCCGGCGCAACAGGCAUCACCAGUCAAGGCUGGGAUCCAACUCGGUAUUAUGAACAGACACACUGAAUUCGUAACGGGCGUCGACUGGUGCUUAUUCGGCGUUGGCGGCUGGGUUGCGACUGUGGGGUGGGAUGAGAGGUUAUUAUUAUGGGAUGCGAAUAGGUUGUUACAAGGGCAAGCGUAAGACCGCUUGCAUUGGAAUUUGGCAGCGUGGAAAGGAAGAAGAAAAAAAAUAACACGGCGUUGGCUACCUACCUACCUUAUAAUCUUGGAUCUGCAUUUGGGGCGUUUAAGAUAAUCGUUAUUGAUAUAUGUAACGAUACUGGAUAUAUUUGAGAUAUAUUAUUAUAUGUACCUAUAUAUGUACACACGCAUGUAAGCUCCCCUGAGCUACUUGUGCUUGUAUAGGUAUGU